CACACAUGGUGGAAAAAGAGUGGACUGAACAGGUUUUCAUGGAGUCUGGCUGUCCAUUUAUGUGACAUUGGAGUUGCAGAACAGGGUCAAUGUGCACUGAAAAAGGUCCACCUGUCCUCCCGUGUAGGAAUAUUUCUAGCCAUUACAAACAAUCUGCUCUAGCACAAGGUCAUGUUAUCUGAGUCCUCGGUGGUGUCCUGUAAUGAGGGCCAGGGAGAGAACACUGGGCCGGAGAAGAAACAAGAUGAAGGAGUGGAGAAAGAGGAAGUGGAGGUUACCCACGAGGACGACAAGCCCACAGGAAGCCUGAGGAAAGAGCUGUCUUCGUCAGUUGACCAUAUAGGCAUGCAGGAAUUGACAUCAGAAAGUGGAAUGGAGCAGGUCCAGAGGAAGAAGACGCAGGCUCGGAAAGACAGAACGAGGUUUUCCCACAUGACUAUCAACCAGGAGCGCCCAGCUCGAGGGUCAGGUGCGUGCUUGGUUGAGCGAUAUCUCCGUAGGUCUUUCCCCAGGGGCUUGUUGACCUGCUCCUACACAGACAAGGACAAGGAGCAGCAUGUAGAUGAACCCCGGGGGCCUGGCCCUUUCUACUUCAUUGGAGGAGCCAAUGGGGCUGAAAUAGUGAGCAGUUACUGUGAGAGCAGAGGAUGGAAGAGGAUUUACAACAAGCAAAGGGAGGAUUUCAACCUCAAGUGGUGUGAAACCAAAUCACCAGCCAACUACUGCAACUUCAGAGAAAGUGAACAGUUGGUGUACCAGAUUCCUAACAACAAGGUGCUCACCACUAAGAUUGGCCUCCUCAGCAGUCUGCGAGAGUAUGAGCGAGUCAGCAGCAAAGUCAACCACGGUCGAGGACUCAGGAGGCUGAAAAUGGAAGAGUUUGUUCCCACUACCUUCCGCAUGGAUGUGAGGGAAGAGAGGGAUGCUUUCUUUGCCCAACAGGAAGGUGUGAGGAACAACGAGAUCCGUAUGUGGAUCUGUAAACCCACGGGUCUGAACCAGGGCAGAGGGAUCUUUCUGCUGAAGAGCCAGGAGGAGUUAGCCGCUUUCAGACUGAAGCUGCAGCACAUGGACGACAGCCAGGCCAACAGGAAGAUGCAUCAUUGCCGGCCUCAGGCCUGCAUUGUCCAGCAUUACAUUCAGAGCCCACUGCUCCUGAAGGGGAAAAAGUUUGACGUUCGCUGUUACCUUCUGAUCGCCUGCACUGCACCUUACAUGGUCUUCUUUCGCCAUGGUUAUGUGAGACUGACCUGCGACCUCUACGACCCCUGCUCCAAAAACCCAUCCGUCCACCUGACCAAUCAGUACAUGCAGAAGAAGAACCCCCUGUACAGCCAGCUGAAGGAGGACACUGUGUGGUCCAUGGAGAGCUUCAAUGCCUACGUCAACGACAGGUUUCAGGUUGCCAAGGGUCUGCCCAGGGACUGGGUGCUGGGCGCCUUAGCAAAGCGCAUGCAGCAGAUUGUGAAGCAGUGUUUCUUUGCAGUCAAAUCCAAGUUAGACUGCCGACUGGGCUUCUUUGACUUGAUUGGCUGCGACUUCAUGAUUGACGAGGACUUCAAGGUGUGGUUGUUGGAAAUGAACUGUAACCCAGCUCUCCAUACGAACUGUGAGGUGCUGAAGGAGGUGAUACCCAGCAUUGUCGUGGAGACGCUGGAUUUAACUCUGGAGAUCUUCAGCAAGUGUCGUCUAAGGCAGAGAAUCCUUCCUUUGGCCAGUCAGAGGGAGUUUGUGCUGCUCUACAGCGGAGUUUUUCCUCCUGAUUCAGCACUGGCCUGCAACAAGAGCAACACAAACAGUGAAUUCUACCAGAAAAGCACCAAAAAGACCCAAAAGCCUGAACCCAGAGUGUGUAAGUCAGGAAUGGAGGGCAAAAAUGUUCCCCCAGCAUCCCCUGAUAAUUGUGUGAAUGUCUCAGAGAGCGGGGAAGGACAGGGUAGUUCAAGGUCUAGACACUGUCCCACCAACUCCACCGCCAACUCACCUUUCUUUCAAAACUCAUCAUCAGUGCAUGGUCCGUCACAUUUACACAGCAGCAGCAACAGCAUACAGACUGUCAGGAGUAAGAACUCCAGGCCUCAGGUCCAGCUCAAGCUGAGCAAAAGUACUUUUUAUCACCAUUUGAAGGCCGCGGAUGCCCUGAAGCGCUCUACGACUCAGCAGAAGACGAGGAUCAUUAUGUUGCCGUCAUCACAUAUGCUGAGUGAAGGGAUCUCCGUCUGUGGCUCUCUGGAGACAACACCAUGUCCUCCUCACGCUGGACCCCUUGUGUGCGUGGAUGAAUGUGAAAGAGCAGAGGCAGCCGCUGAAGAAGAGCUGAGAGAGGAUAGAAAAAGUUUAGAGUAUGAAAGAAAAGAGGAAAUGUGAAGCAUGUAUGCAAACAGCUGUGAUCUAAAAGCUAAAAGCUCCGUCUAAAAAAAUCCACACAUUGGACAUCUAGUGCUGUUUUAUUCUCAGAGAAAUUCAGAGAAACGCUAUCAAAUGUUUAAUGUGA